UAUAUAUAUAUAUAUAUAUAUAUAUAUAUAUAUAUAUAUAUAUAUAUUGUGAAAGACAAUUGUGUGCAAUAUAGUCAAUAAAUCUCUUAGUAUUUACUGAACUUAAAAUAUAAAACUUGGCCACACAGGUGCAUGAUUUAUUUAUUUAUUUUUAUCAGCUUUUAAAAUUAAUUUCAGCCGAUGGUUGAUAGGAAAAAAAUGGAAUUUACUGGCCGGCCUCUAGUACACAUGAAAUCAAACUUGUUGUGAGACUGCUGUAUUAACUCCUCGGUGUCCCUUCUUCAGAGGUUUGUCAUGUGCAACAACAAAGUAGGAUGAGGCUGUUCCGCUCUGGGUUUUUCACAACGAAAUGAAAGGAACACAAAUAAAGUUUGUGGUUGUUUCCAAGUUAAGAUUUUGAAGCCACAUCCCUCUGGGUUCCUCAUCUCUGUGGAACCGCCACUCGUAGCCACCCUUACUCCAAGGUGCAUGUUCUAAACAUCGUUCUUGUAACCACAAAUUUAAUUUAAUGGAAUUUCCUAUACAUGGUAGUGUAAGGCGCUUUGGAGUCCUCUGACUCUGUAAGGCGCUAUACAAGUGUGGGUCAUUUACCACCAACAGUGCAACAUCUUCCCGAGUUGCACAAGUACAUUUUUUGGGGGGUAAAUACUUUUUAAAAUCCUCUUUAAACGUUGUUUAAUGUAUAAACCACUACGCGCUACUUCUGUUAUCUCACCAGAUGUUGCUCACGUCAUCGUUUCUCCAUGAGCCGGACCAGGAAUGAGGUGGAUAACAACAAAUUCAUUCUUCAAAACUCAAACUUGUCCCAUGGGACUGCCAAAGUGUUACAACUAAACAACUCAAAGUUUUCAGGCAAAAAAAAAAAAAAAAAAUCAUGUUUUCUUCAGAUUAUGCCUCAAACUUUAUCAUAUUUGCACAUUUUGCUAUUGUGACUUUUGCAUUUUCACUGCAUAGUUUUUAUUCUGAGUUCAUGUCACUGUCAGCUUUAGUUCCUGCCGCGUGAAACCUGUUGAGACCGGAUGUGAAAUCCCUUGAGAUAAUUGAGAUUAUUUGUUGACUGUCUGACAUGAAGCCAAGUUUGUCUAAUAAUUUAUUUCUCAGCUGAAACAAACAUUUAAUCUCACAGAGCGAAGUUACUAAUUUCUUUCGGCUCAUCAGAAUUCCUCCUCUGGUUUUAAAUUCAAGUAUUUGCACUUUAUGCAUUAUUUUUUAUUUUAAAUAAGAAAAAUCCACAGCAUUUUUUGAGUCAUCACAAUUUUAAGUGUUAUUAAACUCACAGUGAAAGUUUACAUGGUGAUGAUGAUGGAACAUCUUCAUCGGUAAGGACAGGGUGUUUUGUGUCUGUUUACAAGCUUAUGUCACGAGAACAGAACCUGUUGGACAUUUCUGCAUCAUUGUGUGUUCUUAUAGUUUUAUAUUUUUACAUAGUUUGUGUCUAAAUAAAAAAAAACUGAACUCUUAAUUUAUCAUUUCUGUUUUAUUUGCCAUAAAAACAUAAAAUAAAAUCAGUUUUCCAUCAAAUAAAGAGAAAACUUAGUUUAUUGAGUUUUUUAACUUUAGAAGAGUUAAUUUAUGUAUCAGGAGUUCACUUGGUUUGUGUUUUUGUGUCCAGAAAAAUGUGUAAAAUAUUUAAGUAGAACUGAUUAAAAAUGAUUAAUUUGUAUGAUUAGCAUUUUUAAAGCAUUUUUAAUCCGCAAGAAUGAAGCAAGAGUGACAACCUGUGGUCAAAUAUGGGUACUGCACACUAUUUUUCUAAACAAAAAGUCACCUUCUCACUUCUGUUCCAUGAGUUUCAUGGCUGUUGCCUGUGCCAGAAGGUUCUAGACCAGGGGUGUCAAAGUCAAAUUCACACUGGGUUGAAAUGAAAAUCUGGGACGGAGUCGAGGGCGAAACUUAAUAUUUUUUGAAAAAGUGACGGCAAAUUUGCACAUUUUCUUUAUCGACAUGUAUGCAAUUUUGAACCUUUUAAUUUGGAAACAAACUUAUUUCUGCAUUAACACUGAAUGUGGAAUGACCAAAUUACAAACAAGCAAGUUAUUUUUAAAUAAAACGUAUCGGUGGUAUUCAUUACUUGUGGUAUAUUCAGCAUUUUUAAAAUCUAUUCAGGAUUUAUGUUUUCUUGUUAAUUUUUCUUAUUUAUUCUCCUUUUUUUCUCCUGUAAUAAGUGUCAUCGCUGCUGUGACACCUAGCUUUCCCCACUGAGGAACAAUAAAGGGAUUUUCUAUUCUAUUCAUCUAUCUGCAGCCUUUCCACUUCCUGUUCUACUGCAGGUUAAAUCUUUUCUCACGGGCCAGCAACAAAAUAAAAAUAUAAUUUUAUCUUAAAUGAAAAUGCAACAUCUCACCUGUUUCAUGUUUUGGAGCAGGAAAAGAGCAUAAAACCAAAAAAUUUAAAGCUCAGUUUGCUCCACUGAUUUACUGUGAUCCUCACCUGUUCCAGCCAGAUACCUGCAUCAUGGGGUUCAGCUCUGAGCUGAGGAGGAGACUCCUGUUGUUUUGUCCAUCUUCAUCAUAAAAAUGACAACAUUAGAUGACAACAGGUGCUCACAUAGGUUUGGGCUGCUGAACAUGUCUGAGCAGCUUGACCACGUUGUUGUGUCAAGAAGGAAAAAUAAAAACGACAGCAGCCACAGAGUCAUGCUGACUUGAGUGUGUCGCUGCUCGCUGGAGUUAUAUCAGCUCUGUCUGGAUGUUAGUUGGAAAACUUUCUCUUUCAGUCGUGAACACAUUACUGAGCGGUUAAAAUCUCCAUUUCUGGGCUUCAACGUCGGCAAAUAGCUGAGUAAACUCGGCACUGAGUGAGAGGAGUGUAGUUUGUCCGAGACAGCGGAGCUGCUGCAGACACUGGCAGCAGACGCUGGAAAAAACAAAGGAAGGGGCGCUUCGGCUCCGCGCUAACACCACAAAGCAUCGUGGAAGUUGUAGUCUUUGCGGUAAGAUCGGCAAGCAGGUCAGUUUUUAUAUAUUUUUGAUAUUUAUCUCGCGUGCCACAUAAAAAUGCUUCGCGGGCCACACCUAGCCCGUGGGCCUUGUCUGACACGUGUUCUAGAUGAUAAGCAAAGACAAGUCAUGCACAGUAGGUUGGUCAGUACACAAAUACUUUUCACUUUAAUAUCAAGUUGUUGGUAUUUGAAAAAUUAGCUGAGAUUUUUUUAGAGCCAACUAUCUGCUUCCAAUUCACCGUUAGCUUUGUUAGCUCAACCAUAGCCUCUAGCCUGCUUCACCUGAUAAUAGAGUAAAACAAAAAGAAACUUCUUGGUCACUCCUGUUACUGGCUUUGGUUCAUUCAACAACCCUGGAGAUUUUACCUGUUGGUGUCGAAUUACAAAUGUUGACUCUACAGCGUUAGCUUGCCGGAGACACAGCUACUUCACAGGCUCGCUGAUCGUAAACAUGAUGAUGUAUCUCUGACUAUUUUGAAAGGAGAAAAACUGACAAUCCUCCAGCCGGCUGAGAAUUAAAUCUGUUUCAAUGUAACCUUCCUUCCAACAUGAUUGAUACCUUGGACUUUUGGGAUCAUUUCAGUGUAAAAUUCGUACAUAUCUCUCAUUUAGCCUCCAUGUAGCCUGAGAACAUUAUGCUGGUUGGAAUACUUCUCUGGCUAGAGGACUUUUGGUUUCUAGAGGCUUAGUUAAGGUUACUGUACAGGGUGGGCCAUUUAUAUGGAUACACGUUCAUAAAAUGGGAAUGGUUGGUGAUAUUAUUUAUGCCACAUUAGUAUAUGUGAGUGGGCAAACUUUUCAUGAUGGGUGGUGACCAUGAAAGAAUUUGUUCAAACAAAGCACACCAUUGUAUUUCUUGUGAAAUUACCAAUAAGUUUGAUGUGUCACAUGACUCUUCCAAUUGAAAAAAACAAAAGUUGGAUCCAAGCUGGCCAACUUCAAAAUGACCACCAUGGUCAACUGUAGAUCAAUACCUGAUCCCUUUAGGGUUCAGCACCCUGUAUGAUACUUUACCAAUUUCUCCAGGUCCUUUCCUAAAACUGCCAGAAUGUGGUCAGAUCAUGUUGUAGUAAAACCUGUAAUAUUGCCGUUGAAGCCACCAGGAGGAGCUGCUUCCUUCCUUCUGGAGCCUUUUGACCUCCCUGAGAUCAUUACUGACUAUACGUCUCAGGCUUCCAGCUCCAACGCCUAACCUCAUCACCCAAACUCAACCUGACCUGGUUGGAAGCCUUCCAAUCCCAUCAGGCACCUUAACAGUCAGACACAUGGCCUUUUGUCUGCCUCGGGGAUUCCAGAUGGGAUUAACGACGCUCUCAGACAUCUGUUGGUUCACAUCAGAUCACCACACAAAGUUGCUGCUGCUGGUUAUGCUGCACUGCUACGUUAGUCAUUUGGAUUUAUUCUCCGUUAUCUGGAUUUAAGGAAACCUGUGUUUAUGGUCUGAAGGGAGCAUCAUCUUUACAUUUUUGUUAUUUGUCAGUUUUGGAAGAACUCAGAAAAACCAACUCUGCAAUGUGCUGAAGAAAUUUUGGAUUUAGAAAGACUGGAAGAGUUUGAAGAAGAAAUCUAACGAGAAGCAUGGACAGAAUUUGUGAGAGAUGGAGUUGAUGAUGGCUUUUAUUGACUAUGCAGCACCAAGAAGAUGAACUGAUGAUGAGAAAAGCCUAUGUUCUGACAGGUUAUUUGUUGAAGUAUGGAUGAAACCAGAACUUAAACUACCACCCGUGUAAUCAUGGCCGACAACAAUGGCAAAAUAAGAAAUGGUGAUUGUGAGUUGGCACGACAGACCAGUGACAUCUCCAUCAGCGCUAACAUUGGUCCCACCCAUGGCUUACAGAGGAAGCACCUUUUGUGGCAGACUGCUGUCAGGAACAUCAUUGAUCAGCACAACCUGUACUCUCUGAGGUUGGCUGGAGGACUGGAGAGGGGCAGGCACCGCAUCACAGUCACUGAUGCCUAUAUUGCUGACAUCAACAGGCAGAUUCGCAACAAGGCAUCUCGUGGAAAUUUCUGGCAGAAACGUCGCUCCUCUGCAGCUCGGGUCCAUCCCAAUUCGCAGAGUGUGGGAACAAAAACCACUCCACGCUCACUAAUUGAUGCUGACUUCUUUGUGUCAUUUGGACCAUCAGUUCGAGGUGUCUUCAUUCCAAUGCUGCAGCUGAUGUUCAAGUCUGCUGAGCUGGAGCAGCUCUACCAGCAGUUCUCCUUGGCCCAGAGAAGAACCUCGCUGGUCGUCACCAACCUGAUCGACAUCCUCACCCGACUCUUUGUGACUCUGCUAACAAGGCCAACAGGCUGGGGGAAUGUGGCCUGUGACUGGCUGACCUGCCUGACUGUCAUCCUGUGGGCGGGCUUCUGUGUGCUGUCACUGGCUAAGAAGGAGGUGAUGACAUCACCAAACGGGCUAAGGUUCCUGUCGGUGGUCAGCUGGACGUCUCAGACAGCCCAGGUGUUGGUUGGCGUUUUCACCUGGGCAGAGACAGACCACUCCUGGUACGUCCUUUUCACUUUGUUCUCCACCUACACUCUGCUGCCCCUCCCCCUCCCUUGGGCUAUCAUUGCUGGGGUAACAACCUCCACCCUGCACCUCCUGGUGGAAAUUUGUAUGAACUACAGCAACCAAAUCAUCAGAAAGGUGAUGUCAAAGGCCUUGCUGUACCUGGGCAUGAACAUUGCAGGUCUGUUCAUUAACUACCUGUCUGACCGGACUCAGAGGCAGAGUUUCCUGGAGACCCGACGCUGCAUCGAAGGACGAGUUCGACUGGAGAGAGAGAACCACAGACAGGAGCGUCUGGUGAUGUCCAUCCUGCCACGCUUCCUGGUUUUGGAGAUGGUUGCUGACAUGACUGCUGUGGAUGAAUAUCUGCUACCUCAACAGUUCCAUAAGAUCUACAUCCAUCACUACAAGAACGUCAGCAUCCUGUUUGCAGACAUCAUCGGCUUCACGGCUCUCUCUUUGAUCCUUUCGGCUCAGGAACUGGUAAAAACUCUAAACGAGCUUUUUGGUCGCUUCGACAAGCUAGCUGAGGAGCACCAAUGUUUGAGGAUUAAGAUCCUGGGAGACUGUUAUUACUGUGUCUCUGGUGUCCCGGAGCCUCAGAGAGGACACGCUCGCUGUUGUGUGGAGAUGGGUCUGAGUAUGAUCAGCACCAUUAGGUACGUUCGACGGGAGCUCCAGCAGGAUCUGGACAUGCGGAUUGGAGUCCACUCAGGUUCUGUCCUCUGUGGUGUGUUGGGUCUUCAGAAGUGGCAGUUUGACAUCUGGAGCUGGGACGUGGACGUUGCCAACAGCCUAGAGGCUGCAGGAGUACCGGGGCAGGUCCACGUCUCACAGGCCACCCUGGACUGUCUAGAUGGGAUUUAUGUCAUAGAACAGGGACACGGCCAGGACCGCAGCGAGUUUCUACGGAAACACAAGAUAGACACGUAUCUGAUCCGCCCCGCGUUGCAGCAGGAGGCCCAGCCACCUAAAGCCAGGCGUCCCAGCUACGAUGAGAUGACAACCUGGAGCGCCGAGCUGCCGUUUGGAGAUAUCCUGGGAAUGAACUUUAUUCUGGCCACGUUCACUAACGGCUCUCUGACUCAGCUGCCCAAUCACAUCACAGCUCAGCGUUCCGGCGCACGGGAAGUCAACAAGAGGAUUCGUCAGGCGAUGGAGGUCCGAAGCAGCGAGCGAAUGAGAAAGGAGCACAUCACUACCUUCACUCAGGUGUUCAAGGACUCCCAAAUGGAGGGAAAGUACUCUCAGAUCAGAGAUGAGCUCUUCAAGUCCAACAUGGUGUGUUCUUUCAUUCUUCUUCUGGUGCUGAUGGUGGUCCAGGUGCUGAUUCCUGCCCCCAGGUUGAUUCCGAUGGUGGUGCAGUUCCUUGUCAGUGGAUGCAUUUACUUCCUGCUUCUGUUGCUGACUCUGGGGGAGGAGUUCAAACAUUGCCCCGCCCCCCUGCAGUCGGUCUGCUGCUGGGUUCAUGAAAACAAGGAUGCUCGAACUAUGCUAAUGCUCACCGCCAUCACGGUGAACUCUGUGAUCGCCACGGUGGACAUCCUAUGGUGUGAUGCGUCCCAAACCAGUGGGCACGAGGCCCUGUUGGCUCCGCCCACCUCCACCUGGUCUGACAUCAACAUCUGCACUCAUCCAGAGGUCAUGGUGUUGAGUGUUGUGGUUGCCAUGGUUACCUGUACGGUGUUCCUCAGACUGAGCUGUGUCCUCCAGCUGGUGUUCCUGCUGCUGGCUGCCAUCCUGUACACCUACGUGAUCGAGACUCACAGCUCUUACCACUUGUGCAGGAGGGGAGUUUGUCUGGUUGUCAUGGGGAUGUUCAUAGUGGCCGUCCUCUACAACAGCAGACAGUUAGAGGCGACGGCCCGGCUCGACUUCCUGUGGCGUCUGCAGGCGAGGAAGGAGGUGGAAGACAUGAAGGAGCAGAGGGAGCGCAACGAGUGCCUGCUGCUUAAUAUCCUGCCAGCUCACGUGGCUCAACACUUCCUGGAGAGGGACGCCUACGACGAGGAGCUGUACUCUCAGUCAUACGAGCAUGUUGGCGUCCUGUUCGCCUCUCUGCCAGGAUUCUCUGACUUCUACGAGAGGAAAGAACUCGCCCAUCAGCAUGUCGAGUGUCUCCACCUCCUCAACCAGAUCAUCAGUGAUUUUGAUGAGCUGCUGGACGAAUGUUAUUUCCAGGAAGUGGAGAAGAUUAAAACCAUUGGCAGCACAUACAUGGCAGCUUCAGGCCUCUCACCUGACCGACAGGAGUUUGAGGAUGGCUGGAAUCACCUCAGUGAGUUGGUUUUGUUCGCUUUGGCCAUGCAGGAAACUCUAAAACACAUCAACAUGCAGACAGGAAACAUGUUCCAGCUGAGAGUUGGUAUUGCACACGGCCCGGUGAUUGCAGGUGUGAUUGGAGCCACCAAACCUCAGUACGACAUCUGGGGUCUAACGGUCAACAUGGCGAGUCGGAUGGAGAGCACCGGGGUCAGCGGGAGGAUCCAAGUACCAGAAUCCACCAGCUGCAUUCUGGUAGAGCGAGGCUUCCUACGGCAGCUCAGAGGGGACAUUCAUAUCAAAGGCAUCAGUGAACGUCAUGGGAAAGUUCGCACGUAUUACGUCAGCAGUCGGGAUGAGCGGUCCAGCUUCGUGGAGCGUGGAGGUGGGCGGGGCUUUAGCCUGAACAGGAACACACUGGGAGCUGUGGUCUACAGUCUGGUUCAGGCCAGGAAGAGGGAGAAGCUGAGGGAGGAGAACGGAGGCUUUCACCUGGUGGAGGCAUCUUAGGGAGAGGAGGAGGAGAAAAAAGAAAGGAGAGGAUGACAAGGAGGGAAUAGCAAAAGCAGGGCGGAAGUUUCCACCUGGUUGAGGCCUCUCAAGAGGAGGAGAGUAAGUCGAAAUAAACCUUUCCUGUUGUUCAGCUGAUGAUCACGAUUGUUUGUUUUAAAAAUCUGUUUCAAUAUCAAAGGAAAAAAUGAAUUCAAUUUGUAGUUUUUCAUGAAAACUACAAUUAAAUGUUGGAUUAAGGUUUUUGUAUUUUUUUAAGCCUUUCUUUACUCAGUCUGACCACCAGAUGGCGCUAUAACACCACUUAUCCUGGUGUUGAAGAUUUUUUUUUAACCAAAGACGUAAAAUUACAACUACGAAAAAAAAAUCUUGUCAAAAUGAGUUUUCAAAAUGUCUGAACUUCCUGUUUAAAACUGUAAAAAGUUAAUAUCUGUAUAAGAUACGCUGCACGGUGCUGCCGGUGGUAGCUCACUGCAAAAAAGUCAGGUUCAAAUCUCAGCUGCAGCCUUGCAUGUCCUCAUCAUGCAUGAGUGGAGUUUCAGCAGAAAUUCUGAGCAACAGCGUGGUCCAGAGGCUGAAAAACGUAUUUCACCUCAAGCCCCUGUUCUUACUUACACGAUUACAGCUGGAAACAACGCCUCUCGUAUUUGAAUGACCCCCUCUUGCUGGUCAACAAAGCCAAAUCCCAUAGUUUUACAUUAUUUAUAUCAUUAUUAAAAACUCACUUGUUUGUGAGAAAUGUUGCCAACUCUGCAUCAGUCUAGGUACGUCCUCAAAUGUUCACACACGCUCUGUGAUUGACAGCUGUACAUAGAUGUAGAUGUCUAACGCUAUUGGCUAAUGCUGAGAGGGGCUCAUUUCAAAUUUCAAUGGGGCUCUAUGGGCCUGAAGGGGGGCUUCGCCAAAAAAAACAAACAGUGUAAGGGUUUUAUGGAUUUCUAAAAAAUCUUAGGUACAUCCGUGAUUUACAUAAUCCCUAAAAGGGCAAAACUCUGGAUUACAGCUUUAACAUGCUCUCAUCUACACCAGCCAGGCCAGAUAUUCUGAGCUUGUUUCAGUCCGAGGAAAUCCAAGCGUGAUGGAGAGAGAGUCUAAAGACUCUAAUUGGCUUUAAAUGAAAAAGGAACAUAAGAUGUGAAGAUCUGAGUGUGAGCGUCAGGAGCCCUGCUCUCACAGGGAACCUGCAUCUGUUUGCAUGUGUUCUGAGUUCCUGAGAGGAAACUGAUUUUCCUCUGAGUUUACAAUCGAUGAAUCACAUGAGUCCCUGAGCGAGGCGACUCUAAUGUGAAGCAUGCGUGAGACGAAGACCUCGUGUCCCCUUUGCUGUCCAAACCGUCCCCCAGACGGGACGAGUAGGAACCAGAGUUUCAUCUAAACAUGAACUCAUUUUCUGAAGAUCAGCUGAUGGGACAUUUAUCAGAUCCCUGUUCCUCCUCCAUCUCGGUUCUCCCUGUGGUCUCAGAUUCUGGGUCAGCGUGCUCACCGAGGACUUCCCUGACAAUCAGCUGACUGAAAUCACUAAUCUGGAUUUUCAGCUUCUGUCUGUCAAAAUCUCCAGGAUUAUUUAAAUAUUAUUAAAGGAGGUUAAUUAAAGCAGAUCUGAUGUUUUGUGUUUACUUUUAUCCUGCAUGUUUUAAUUAUUUAAUAUCCAAUAAUAUAAAUUAAAUCAUUAAACAUUUAAAAACAUUGUUUGAUUAUUAAUUAUUGAUCUAAAAUGUGUUUCCACUGUUUUUAUGAUGAAAUAAACCAUCAUAUUACCAGGUUUGUUGUCAUGAAGCUGUUGUAUCAACGUUUCUGUAUUAAUUUGUCAUUUUGCAUUUUUCUUUCAUCAUAUAAUGAAAAUACAAAACAACUAUUUUGCUUUAUUUAAUAUCUUUGUGACUCAUCAUGUAAACCUGAUCAAACUUACUUCCUCUUGUUUACUUCCUGUGGUUAAUCAUUAAUCAGCCAUUAAUGAUUUAGUUUUGUUUAUAUUUUUAUAAUUGCAACAUUUUCUAGAUGUACUUUUUAGUUGUUAAAAGUGAUCUUAUAUUUAUAAUUUUAUUUUUCUAGACUGAACUUUAAUAAAUACAUUCCUGAGAA